AUGUGCAGAUACACAAAGGGUACAACUUCAAGUCCUGAGAGUUUACAUAAGAAGAGACACCUUCCCAUCAAAGGGCCGUUGAAAGAGGAGUUCACAUUUCCUGCCUGUUCAGCCCCAUUCAACAGUUGUCGUGCCUCUACCAUUGUUGAGGUUGUUAAAGGUCCCUUCUUAGUUGCUUAUUAUGGAGGGACGUCUGAAGGAGCACCUGAUGUCAAAAUUUGGCUGCAGACUAUGGGUGGCCGCUGGUAUACACCUAUUGUUAUGGAUGAAGAACCUAAUGUUCCAAUGUGGAACCCUGUACUAUUUAAGCUUCCAUCAGAUGAGUUGUUAUUAUUCUAUAAAGUAGGCCUGGAUGUUCAAAAGUGGAGUGGCUGCAUGAAACGAUCAUAUGAUAAAGGUGUUACUUGGACACAAAGAGAGCAGCUUCCUCCAGGCAUAUUAGGACCAUCUAAGAACAAGCCUCUGUUGUUGCGGAAUGGGAAUUUGCUGUUUGGAUCAUCGGUGGAGAGUUGGAAUUCUUGGGGGGCCUGGGCCGAGGUGACGCCGGAUUCUGGAAGAACCUGGAAGAAAUAUGGCCCUAUAUAUGUUAAAAGCCAAGUCCUCAGUGUGAUUCAACCAGUUCCUUACCUAACUGCAAAAGGGCACUUGCGUCUUUUAAUGCGAUCUUUUAACAACAUUAGUAGAGUUUGUAUGGCAGAAUCAUUUGAUGGUGGACAGGGUUGGGGUUAUGCCAUACCUACUGAACUUCCCAACCCAAACUCAGGUAUCGACGGGGUGAAGCUGAGAGACGGUCGUCUGUUACUUGCUUAUAAUACAAUCUCAAGGGGUGUACUUAAAGUUUCCCUAUCCAAAGAUGAUGGUGAUUCAUGGCAGGACAGCUUGACAUUGGAAGAAACUCAAGGAAUGGAAUUCUCAUAUCCUGCUGUUAUCCAGGCUAGUGAUGGCUUAGUUCACAUCACUUACACUUAUAACAGGACCCAGAUUAAGCAUGUUGUUGUUCAACCGAAUUGACCAAGUGGUUUAUUUAUACCCUCCGUCAGUCAGAAAAAACCAAUGGUUUAGUUAGAGCCCUGGGUAUAACCAUUUUACAGCUACCUGGAUCCCCCUUUUUCAUCAUUCAAAUAUCUGUGCUAGUGCCACAGCUUUUGAUGGAAAAUUGUGAUGUAAAAAAUAAGUGCUUGUUUUGAC